ACCUUUUCUGCUUGGUAUCCCCAACCUUAGUAAGUCCCACAAGGAUUUUAGUAGGAUCAGAAUCAUUCAAUUGCCGUCCGUCGUUUCUUGAACCAAGAGGAAAAGCCUUGGAUUGAUCGUAUGAAAACGUUCAGUGCAGGCCAUCGUUCGAACAAAGGGAACAAAAACGGGCCCAGAGCUCUCUCGUUUUGGCGUGAAAUCAUCGAUGACAUGCUUCAUGUAAAGCCCACAAUUCCGACUCGCUUGGCCAAACCAAAGGUCCAGGCUCCACUUUUUUCUCGCCCAUCUUUAGAUACACAUUAUGGUCCUUUGGUUUUUAGCUGCUGGAAUUGCCGUCGAGGUGGCCAAGGAGCGUGACUAUGGAGAACGUCGUAUGAAGGAAAUGGAAAUCCACAGUCGACGGACCAUCAACCUGCCACGGACAGUCAGUUGCAUCCCAAGAGCCGCCAUGCAGCGGUGCACAACGUCGAGUGGCAGCCAUGUAAUUGACCGACAGCUUGUAUUCGAUGAACGGUCUGGAAGCCUCUUUGCUCAAAAGGGAAUGUCGUCGGCACAACGGCGACUCGAAUGGUCUUAGGACGCACCAUGGCUAUUUCUUGAGAAAGGACGUUUGCGUGCACAGUUUCACGGUUUAGACGCACGGAGUAAAGAGCAACAUUGCCAGCACAACACUAAAAGCAUACUAGCAACAUUGCCAACACAACAC